GCGGCUUCGGAGGGGCGGGCACCUGCCGUCCCUUUGCGCAGGCGCCGUCUACGGUCCACGCGCGGCGAGAUGCCGGCGCGGCACGUUUCGCGGGUCCGGGCCUUGUAUCGGCGCCUCCUGCUGCUGCACCGGGUUCUGCCCCCAGACCUCAAAGCCCUUGGCGACCAGUACGUGAAGGACGAAUUUAGGAGACACAAGACCGUUGGUUCUGAGGAGGCCCAGCGUUUCUUGCAGGAAUGGGAGGUGUAUGCAGCAGUUCUGUGGCAACAAGCUAAUGAAAACAGACAAAAUUCAACUGGAAAAGCAUGUUUUGGAACCACCCUACCAGAAGAAAAACUUAAUGACUUUCGUGAUGAACAAAUUGGACAGUUGCAGGAGCUGAUGCAGGAAGCCACUAAACCCAAUAGGCAAUUUAGUAUUACGGAGUCUCGGAAACCGAAACUUUAGUCUAUCCAGAAAAGCUUAACAAAGCGUUUCAAGUUCAGAACUGCUUAAUUUAACAUAUCCUUGUUUUUAAAAAUGUAUUUCUUCAGCUUUUAGGCUUUGAGAAUGCCUGGUGUUAAGGACGUAUUCUUUUAUUUGGAGAUGUCAUGAAUGCUAUCUGCAAUAUAUAGAUCAGGAUCACUAGUGGAUGAAGCUUUACAUUAUUGAAGUAACGGUACUUGAUGGAAUUUGAUUUUUGGACUAAAGAAAGAAUGGCUAUGAAAUGGACAAAACUGUGGAAUUUUGCCAAAAAUUUUUUAUAUAUAAAUUUGUUUUUAAUGCUAUUCUUGUUCCAAGCAUUAGCCUCAUCUCUUUAGCUUCAUCAGAUAAAUAUAUCAUGAUAAUGAUAGAUGUGGAAUUCCAACAAGGUUAUUAUUUAAAGACAUUGUCAUCCUGAAAGUUUUAUUUCUACUUUAAUAGUACAUAUAUGACUAUUCUCUUAAAUGCCCGUUAUCCCCUAGUCAUUGUUUAUUUACAAUAAAGGGUUAAAAAGAAGCUUUAAGAUUUAGUAGUAUACUAUCAUUUAUAUAAUAUACAUUGUAUAAUUCAUUUCUACAGUAUUUGUUAGUAAGACAGAUUGCCCUUAAAUAAUUUGCAGUUACCUUGAGAAUCUCAUUGCCUAAUGAUUGAGGAGAUAAAAUGACCUUCAUAAAUUUUUUGUACACUUAAGUUGAUUUAUAAACUGAAAAAAGCAAAUGAUAAUCCCAUUCACAUCCUAAAAUGUUUAUGAAUUUUAAAAAUUAUUAUACACUAAAAUGACUUGUAUCUUUAUGUAUGUUUACUCUGAGAUUCUGAAGUGAUCCUUUUUCAGAUGCAAUUGUGUUUAUGUCAGCUCUUUAAAAAUUGAUUUGUGUUUGCUCUGUUUUGCUGUCUUGUGCUUUCUCUUUGUGUAUGGCUGCCAGGCCCCUCAGUCCUUUCUUCCAUUCCUCUUUGAGUCAGUCUGUAGGUUGAUCAGUUAGUCUUUUCUCAUUGAGAGAGAGGCAGUCAGUCAAUCAAUAAUCUAGUCUCUACACUAUAACAGGUUCUAGGAAUACAGCAAUGAAUAAGGUAAAGCUCUUGCCCUCAAGAAGUUUAAAAUCUGACUGUGCAUUUGGGAACCUUGUUUCAUCAUGACCAAAUACAGUGCAUCCUCAAACUCGUUACGGUACUAUCUUUUUCAUCAUCUUGGCAAAUAGAAAUCUAACACCCAUGAGGAUACUGCUUCUCUGCAUCUUGUGAAGUGGGAGUUGUGGAUCCAUUUACAACUUGCUAUAACGUAAAACCCCCUCCUUACUGUCCCUUUCAAUUCAUCAUUGUGCCACCGUAACUUAAGAAUUCUUUUUCAUUUGUACUUUGUUUUUUGUUAUACUUCCCUAUUUCUUUUUGUUCUUUGGCACUGGCUCAUACCUCUCCAUCUCAAUUUUUGCCAUCAUCUUGGUGACCUUAGUAUUAAUCCAUGUGGUUGACAUAUCUAGUAGCCUAAUGGCUCUUUGAUGGUUCAUGAUUCACUUUCACUUAUUCAGUCACCCAUAAUCAUGGUUACACUUAAACUCACUUUGUUCAGAACUGCUGCAUCUGAAAUUAUGUAUUACAACAUUUCAUGCUUUUGUCACUAUCUCUUACCAUAAUGUGAGCGGUUUCUUACUCCCACUGCACCUAGUAUUUGUUCAACAAAUGCCUGUUGAGAACUUUCAUAUGCCAGGCAUCAUUCUAGAGACUGGGGAUACAGCAGUUAUCAAAGACAAAAUGUCCAGCCUUUUGGCACUCGCAUUCUAAAGGACGGAAAUAAAAUAUGUAGGGUGAUAAGUACUAUGGAGAAAAAUAAAGCUAGGUUAGGGGAUAGAGCUGUGGUUCCCCAAUUGUGAACUGAGAUGCCCCAGGGCACCAAAGAGAACUCACAGGGGUGCUGGAGGAUAUUUUAAGUUUUUCAGGAAAUCACAGCCAUAUUUAUUGGACACCACACAAAUUACUAGCUUGAGGUAUUUCACAGUUUUACUAUUAUAUUGCAACAUUCUUUUGGAUUACAUAUCUUUGUGAAGCUGGGCUUUUAGCGAUUGCUGUGAUAAAAGCAAUCAGUUAGUCUUUUCUCAUUGAGAGAGAGGCAGUCAGUCAAUCAAUAAUCUAGUCUCUACACUAUAACAGGUUCUAGGAAUACAGCAAUGAAUAAGGUAAAGCUCUUGCCCUAUAACAGAAAGUAUAACAGAAAAAUUAGUAAGAGAAAAUGUCCAAUGUGGUUACAAAGUUUGAGAAGCUGUGUGGUGUCCAACAGGUGCUCAGUUGUUAGGACAAAUACUAAGUUGUUUGGACUAUGUAAUAAAUGAAACCAUAUGGGUUUUUGGGUUUGUUUUUGCUGUAGGUGUGCUGUGCAAAUACUGAGACAGUAAGGGUGUGUUUGGGAACUCCUGAAGUAGUGUCAAGGAAUGAAUGGUCUUUAACUGUGAACUCAGUAGUCUUUUGACCACUCCAUUUGUUCAAUGUCAUUUCUUUACUGCCUUCACUUCCAUCCCAAUCUGCCCUAGUUUCUGUGAUCCUUCGCUUCAGCCAGCCAUUAGCAAUGCCCUCAAUGUCAUCAUCUCCUUUUCUUUUUCCCUCAUCAUCUGCUCUCACCAAGGUGACCACUCACUCGCCGAAAUCAAUAGGAUAUUAAUCAGUGUAAGACUGAUAAGUUAUCCUGUGAGGCUUGAUAGUAUUAACUAUUCUCUACUACUUUCAAACCACUCCUGCUUGGUUUGUAUACUGCCUAACUCUCCUUUAAGUUAUAAAUUUUCCUUUUUUUUCUUUUUAAAUAAAGAUGUUGUCUGGGAUUUCAUCUUUAGGACUCUUAGUUUACACAUCCAUUGCUUCAGAUAUUAGCUUUACUCUUAAAUCUGUAACACCAACCUCAGUCUCAUUUCUGAACUUCAGGUCUGUGUUUGAAAUUCUAUUUGGCAUUUCCAACUCAUUUAAAAUCAGAUUUACUAUCAUUCAUUCACUGAGCAGGGAAGGAAAGUAACAUAUACCCAGUUCACCAGUUCAGGGUUCUUCAAUUCAGCGUGAAUUUCACCAUUUCUCUAGAGGGCUCCUUCUCAUUGAACAGCAAUUCUGACAACUCCAUGCAAAAUGGCCAUAGUUCUCGACUGCUCCUGGUACCCAUGCCCUUUGCAAUGUGACUUUGCAGCUCCUUCCAUCACAUCUAUUUUUCAGCUCUUCAAACCUGAACUGGCCUUGUUCCUUGAUUUGCUCAAAAGAAUAUGGGUAUGACAUUAUGCAAAUUUAGGGUGUAGGCCUCAGAGUCUGAUACACUUCCACCCGCACUGUUGGAAACCUGCCCAGCUGUCAUGUGAACAAGCUCAGGCUGACCUAUCAGAGGAUGAGAGAUCAUAUGGAGCAGAGGUGAGCUACCCUAGCUGAAGCCAUCCUAGACCAACCAGCUCUCAGCCAACCACAGAUACGUGAAUGAGCCCUCCCAAGAUCAGAAGAACUGCCCAGCUGAUCCCAGCCCAAACUGCCAAUGAUAAGCCGAAUAAAUGGUAGUUCUUUUAAA